ACAAACGUUGAGAUCAUUCCAUGUAUUUGGCAUCGUAUCUGUAUGUUUAAAACGAUUGCUAAGAGAACCGUUGCAAACAAGUCAUUCCCCAGACUGUGGGCUGCUAUACCUUGUUCAGGAACGCUGAACCACUGCUGUUGAAACCCUCCUACUGGCGGCCAGAUGGGCCAGCUUUAUAUACGCGGAAGUCCCAGUUCCGUUUGGUUUAGUCGGUUCUGAAGCUCGAGGUACGACGGUUGUACACGCGCCUCGCUAUCUCCUUACCAGCCCAGGCUUCACUUUAUAAAAGGAGAACCAUGAGCAAGAGCUACAGUGUCUCCCUGGCGGGCCCCGCCCCCUGGGGCUUCAGACUGCAGGGGGGGAAGGACUUCUGUGUCCCCUUGACUAUCUCACGGCUGACGGAUGGCGGCAAGGCUGCCAGGGCCAACCUCAGUGUCGGAGACCUGGUCACGUCCAUCGAUGGCAUCGCCACGGACGGCAUGAACCACCUGGAGGCCCAGAACAAGAUCAAAUCCUGCUCAGGAAACCUGUCCCUCACCAUGCAGAGGCCCUCGAGUGCUCCCAGCGUGCCGAAGGGCGAGACUCAGGAAAUCAUUAAGCCCGUUCCCAUCCCCCCCCCGGCCUCCUCCGCCCCCAUCACCCGGCCGUCCCCCCAGCCCGCCAACGCCGCCUACAACAAGACGGCCCGCCCCUUUGGCAGCAGCGCGGCCGGCGGCGGCGGCGCGGCCCCCCCGGCGGUGGCCUCCAUCCCCUCCGCCUCCUCCGCCUUCACGCCGGCGGGACCCUCGCUGUCGCCGCAGCCCCCGUUCCCCCUCAGGUCCUCCGGCCUGGCCCCUCCCCCCGCCGCCACGGCCGCCCGGCCCGGCUCUGGAGGCUCCUCCCCCUCGGCGUUCGCCCGACCCCCCUCCGCUCGGUCGCCGAACGCCUCGUUCCCGCCGCGCGUGCCGCCGGCCCCGGCCCCCGCCCCGGCCCCCCACCCCGACGUGCCGCAGCCGUCCGUCUACAACACGCCCAUCAACCUGUACUCCAACGUCAACGCCACCGAGGUGGUGAUGGGGCAGAGGCGCGGCCUGCCGGAGCAGCAGUCCAACGGGAGAGCUGAGGUCCAGCCCGAGGUGAUGACCCAUGGCCUGGCCCUGAGUGACAGCAAGAAGCGUCUGAUCGAGGACACCGAGGACUGGCACCCCAGGUCCGGGACGUCCCAGUCAAGGUCUUUCCGCAUGCUGGCCCAGCUGACCGGGACUGAGAACGAUGAAGUCCCACAAAACAGUGGAAAAAAAGAGGUCAUCGAAGACGCCACGCCCAGGGCCUACACCUCCCCGGCCACCAAGACCUUCUCCAAAACCGCCGGCUCCCCCAGGAAUGGAAACGGGACGGGGGUCCCUCCGCCCAGGUUCAACGGCCCCCCUCCACAAGGGAAGCCCACCGGCCAGCCUGGCUCAGCGUCAGGUUUUCCUAAAGGCCUAGCCCGCCCGGCGCCCUCGUUUGGCAAGGUCACGGAGACGGCCCCCCAGGGUCCGCAGCGGCCCACCCCCCAGCCCCACCCCCAGGACCUGGACUCCCUGGUGCAGAGGGCCGAGCACAUCCCCGCCGGCACCCGCACCCCCAUGUGCAACAAGUGCAACACCGUCAUCAGGGGCCCCUUCCUGGUGGCCAUGGGCAUGUCCUGGCACCCCGAGGAGUUCAACUGCUCCCACUGCCACGGCUCCCUGGUGGACUGUGGCUUCGUGGAGGAGCGCGGACAGGUGUUCUGCGUGCACUGCUACGAGCAGUACCUGGCCCCCACCUGCAAGAGCUGCCAGCAGAAGAUCCUAGGGGAGGUGAUGAAUGCCCUGAAGCAGACCUGGCACGUCCACUGCUUCGUGUGCGUCUCCUGCCAGAAGCCCAUCCGAGGCAACACCUUCCACAUGGAGGACGGAAAGCCGUACUGUGAGACAGAUUAUUACACUUUGUUUGGGACCAGUUGCCAUGGCUGCGACUUCCCCAUUGAGGCUGGGGAUAAAUUCCUUGAUGCCCUGGGCUUCACUUGGCAUGAUACCUGCUUUGUGUGCACGGUCUGCAGCACCAGUCUGGAAGGCCAGGCGUUCUUCUCCAAAAUGGACAAGCCGUUGUGCAAAAAACACGCCAACACUGUCAAGAUCUAACCUGUGCGAGAGCAGCAUUAGGAUUCUGGCCAGGGGGUCGAUACCACGUUUGGGUCACCGUUGAGGUUAUUCUACAGUCCAGACACAUUCUUAUCAACUUACCAUUAUCUGGCUGGGUCACUUGUUUGGUCGUGGGUUCUGCUGUCUGGUAGUUUGUUGUUCAUUCUAGCAUUGUACCUGCAUUUUGUAACUUGAGCUCAAACUUGCUAAUUUUUUGUCAGUAAAGUUGAUUCCCCUGUGCAGUUUUUAAUGGGCUUUUCAUAAAUGUGUAGCCUUUAUUCAGGUCUAUUUAUUUUUGCGCUAAACAACAUUUUUUGGGGUUUUCAGAGUUAUCAUUUUUUUGCACAUCAAAGUUUACUCCAUUGACAAGACCAAUCAGUUGCUGAUAUUCUGUCGUGCCUUUGCAAUGUGUUGCUGUUCUUAAGAAAUGUCCGUGGCAUGACUUGACAAUCAUGCGUCAUGUAUAGUCAUGUUUAAAUAGUUUUCAUCUUUUUCUUAAUUUAUGUUAUUACGUAGAUCAUUUUGUUAAAAUGGGAUAAAUCGACAUGCAUAUAUCAUUUUAACAAUGGCCAUUAAUCUCCAUGGCCAUUGAUAAUACAUUGUCUCUGUCAUUCUCAAUGUUAUUUUACUAUAAAUGUCAGCCCUUUUAGUAGAGAAGAAGAUAGAAAAAUAUACAGCAUCACAGAAAAGCGUUUUGCUGCAUGCAUGACGUCCAAAAUGUCUGCCCCAUGAUUGUCCUUACUGUCUAGAUUUUUUUUUUUUAAUCUGAAGAACCUAAGUGGGCUUAUGUCUUGCUCCUCUACCUGUACUUGCAUCAAAUAAAAACAAAUUUAAAUUAA